AUGGCGGCAAUCAUCAGGAGCCUCCUUUACCUUGGUGUUGUGGGCACGUGUCUGGCUCAGCAACGGACUUACCUCCCGCCAACCAACGGAUUCAGCGGUAACGGAGGAAAUGGAGCCAAUGGAAACGGUAAUGGUGUUCACACAAACGGCAAUGGAAAUGGCAACGGUAACGGUGUAAAUGGUAAUGGUGCUUACACAAACGGCAAUGGAAAUGGCAACGGUAACGGUGUAAACGGUAAUGGUGUUUACACAAACGGCAAUGGAAAUGGCAACGGUAACGGUGUAAACGGUAAUGGUGUUUACACAAACGGCAAUGGAAAUGGCAACGGUAACGGUGUAAAUGGUAAUGGUGCUUACACAAACGGCAAUGGAAAUGGCAACGGUAACGGUGUAAAUGGUAAUGGUGUUUACACAAACGGCAAUGGAAAUGGCAACGGUAACGGUGUAAAUGGUAAUGGUGCUUAUACAAACGGCAAUGGAAAUGGCAACGGUAACGGUGUAAAUGGUAAUGGUGCUUACACAAACGGCAAUGGAAAUGGCAACGGUAACGGUGUAAAUGGUAAUGGUGCUUACACAAACGGCAAUGGAAAUGGCAACGGUAACGGUGUAAAUGGUAAUGGUGCUUACACAAACGGCAAUGGAAAUGGCAACGGUAACGGUGUAAAUGGUAAUGGUGCUUACAAUAACGGCAAUGGAAAUGGCAACGGUAACGGUGUAAAUGGUAAUGGCGCUUACACAAACGGCAAUGGAAAUGGCAACGGUAACGGUGUAAAUGGUAAUGGUGUUUACACAAACGGCAACGGUGCCGUUAACGGGAUCUUUAAUGGCAUUUUCGACCCCAUCGCUGCCCUUGGUGACGCUAUUGGAGGCGGAGGCGUCCCCGGCGUGGACUAUCCCAUCCUGGCUUCAGUCCCACUCACCGGAUUCUCCUGCACCGGACAAAUCCCCGGAUACUACGCUGAUACUGCCCCAGAGGCCGGAUGUCAGGUUUUCCACAUCUGCCAGGCUGAUGGCAGGAGCGACUCUUUCCUCUGUCCCAACGGCACCAUCUUCAACCAGCAGUACUUCGUGUGUGACUGGUGGUACAACUUCGACUGUUCCACCGCCCAGCAGUUCUACGGUCUCAACGCUCAGAUCGGCGUGAUUAUCGCAAACUCCAACGGCAAUGGAGUUGGAGUUGUUAAUGGCAAUGGUCUCGUCAACGGUAAUGGUAACGGAGCUGUAGUUAAUGGGAAUGGAUAUACUAAUGGCAACGGUCUCGUCAACGGCAAUGGUAACGGAGCUGCAGUUAAUGGGAAUGGAUAUACGAAUGGCAACGGUCUCGUCAACGGAAAUGGAGCUGCAGUUAAUGGUAAUGGAUAUACCAAUGGCAAUGGUCCCGUCAACGGCAAUGGUAAUGGAUAUACUAAUGGCAACGGUAAUGGUAAUGGCGUUCCAGUUAAUGGUAACGGAUAUACGAAUGGCAACGGUCUCGUCAACGGCAAUGGUAACGGAGCUGCAGUCAAUGGGAACGGAUAUACCAAUGUCAACGGUCUCGUCAACGGUAAUGGUAACGGAGCUGCAGUCAAUGGGAACGGAUAUACCAAUGGCAACGGUCUCGUCAACGGUAAUGGUAACGGAGCUGCAGUUAAUGGGAACGGAUAUACCAAUGGCAACGGUCUCGUCAACGGUAAUGGUAACGGAGCUGCAGUUAAUGGGAACGGAUAUACCAAUGGCAACGGUCUCGUCAACGGUAAUGGUAACGGAGCUGCAGUUAAUGGGAACGGAUAUACCAAUGGCAACAGUCUCGUCAACGGUAAUGGUAACGGAGCUGCAGUUAAUGGGAACGGAUAUACCAAUGGUAACGGUCUCGUCAACGGUAAUGGUAAUGGAGCUACAGGUAAUGGAAAUGGUUACACCAAUGGCAACGGUAAUGGAUAUACUAGCACAAACGGUAAUGGUAAAGUAAAUGGUUUAACGAACGGUAAUGGUGUUAACGGUAACGGCGUUAACGGUAAUGGCAAUGGCAACGGACACCGUAAUGGCAAUGGCCACGUAAAUGGUAAUGGCGGCUACAGGAAUGGAAACGGUAACAAUGGUUACACUAAUGGAAACGGGAAUGGCAAUGGCGUUUAUACGAAUGGUAAUGGUGUCCACAAGAACGGAAACGGUGUUUACACGAACGGAAAUGGAGGUUAUUCAAACGGCGUUAAUGGUUUGAAUGGAAACGGUGCAGUCGCUAAUGGAUUCAUAAACGGAAAUGGUGGCUACACCAAUGGUAAUGGCGGAAUAAAUGGAAAUGGUAACGGUGUGACCAUCGGCAAUGGAUAUGUUAAUGGAGGAUAUGCCAACGGUAAUGGGAAUGGAAUAAUAAACGGAAACGGCAAUAGAGUUAUCAAUGGCAACGGUAAUGGAGUGAUCAACGGCAACGUCAACGGAGUGGUCAACGGUAACGGUGUGAUUAACGGGAACGGAUUCUACAACGGCCUGGUAGACCCCAUCGCCGCCCUUGGUGAUGCUAUUGGAGGCGGAGGCGUCCCCGGCGUGGACUAUCCCAUCCUGGCUUCUGUCCCACUCACCGGAUUCUCCUGCACCGGACAAAUCCCCGGAUACUACGCUGAUACUGCCCCAGAGGCCGGAUGUCAGGUGUUCCACAUCUGCCAGGCCGAUGGCAGGAGCGACUCUUUCCUCUGUCCCAACGGCACCAUCUUCAACCAGCAGUACUUCGUGUGUGACUGGUGGUACAACUUCGACUGUUCCACCGCCCAGCAGUUCUACGGUCUCAACGCUCAGAUCGGUCUCACCAAUGGUAAUGGUAACGGGUAUUCCAACGGCAUCGUUAACGGAAUUGUCAACGGUAAUGGAAUUUACGCCAACAGAGUCAAUGGAAACGGUAAUGGCAUCAAGAAUGGUAAUGGGUAUACCAAUGGCAAUAUUAACGGAGGCAACGGUAACGGUUUCAUCACUGGGAACGGAGGUAAUGGCGUGACCAAUGGUAAUGGCUAUACCAACGGUAACGGCGUUAACGGUAAUGGUUAUACCAACGGUAACGGAGUCAAUGGUAAUGGAUAUACCAACGGUAAUGGAUAUACUAACGGUAAUGGUAUCAACGGCAAUGGUUAUACCAACGGUAACGGAGUCAAUGGUAAUGGCCUUACCAACGGCAUCAAAGGUAACGGCGUCAACGGUAAUGGAUAUCCCAACGGUAACGGCCUCAACGGUAAUGGCGUCAACGGUAAUGGAAUCAACGGUAACGGAUAUAGCAACGGUAACGGCGUCAACGGUAAUGGAUAUACCAAUGGUAACGGCGUCAACGGUAAUGGCGUCAACGGUAACGGCGUCAACGGUAAUGGAUAUACCAAUGGUAAUGGCGUCAACGGUAAUGGCUAUACCAAUGGUAACGGCGUGAACGGUAAUGGCGUGAACGGUAAUGGCUAUACCAAUGGUAACGGCAUCAAUGGCAACGGAGUCAAUGGUAAUGGCUAUACCAAUGGUAAUGGCGUCAACGGUAAUGGCGCCAACGGUAACGGCAUCAACGGAAAUGGCUAUACCAAUGGUAACGGCAUCAAUGGUAAUGGCUAUACCAAUGGUAACGGCGUCAAUGGCAACGGAGUCAAUGGUAAUGGCAUCAAUGGUAAUGGCUAUACCAAUGGUAACGGCGUCAGUGGCAACGGAGUCAAUGGUAAUGGUGUAAACGGUAACGGCAUCAACGGUAAUGGCGUCAAUGGUAACGGCAUCAACGGUAAUGGAUUUAGCAUAGCAUCGCCAGCCUCUCCCUCCGGGUUGUACCAGACGCCCAGCUUCUAGACGACGCGUCACACGACGCUUGUAAACAUUGUCUUGUGACAAACCGCAGCUGCUGUUGCAGGACGCUUCUCUAUCAUUCUGUAGCUGAAGACGUUCAAGUAAAUAUUCCUCAAGAGGUAGCUUAAGCCACUGAUCCAAACUGCUGAGCCUGACGAGUUCUGGUACACAUAGGGAUGUGUACCAGAACUGAAUGUGUACUAGGGUUCAGAUCACAGAUGGACGACCUCUUUACUUAAUUGAUGCUUGGCAAAAAUUUUACGUAUUCUUAUUUAUAUACAUAAUAUAAAAAAUUAUAUCCUGAAAUUAAAAUACGUCAUAAUAAUAUUUGUUCAUAAGUUGAUUUGUAAAGUAUUACGUUUCUUUUCUACGCUCAGUGAUUGCCUUUUGUCUCUUCUUCCAAACUGUAAUAUAUUAUAUUUUAUUGCUUGCUUUAUAUGCUGAUUUAUAUUU